CAUGUUGGUUUGUACAGAUGUGCACGAUCUCAUCCCUGCUGCUAUAUCCUCAGCUCCUCAACCAACAGGUUUUUGUGACAGACUGGUGGAUUUUUACACACCCGGUGAUCAGCACUGAAGACACAGAAUGGAGAUUAAAGUGUCUGUUGAUGGAGUCCAACGCAUUGUUUGUGGAGUAACUGAAAUGACAACGUGUCAAGAAGUAGUUAUCGCUUUAGCCCAAGCUCUAGGUCGCACAGGUCGCUACACUCUGAGAGAGAAUUUCAAAGGCUAUGUGCGCAACGUGACCCCUGAUGAGCAUCUCCUGGAGUCCCUGCAGAAGUAUGGCCAACAAGCCAAGGAGGUCCAGCUCACCCUACACCAUCUAGGGCCCUCUCUAGUGGACUGGCCCAACAAGCCACAUGUUCAAUUAAGACGAGUUGAGGGAGUAGGGAGAUUGCGCAGGAGUAGUGCAGGAGCCAUCCUCCACCGGCAGAGCCUCCCUCCACUCCCCCAUCUCUAUUCCACAUCUCCCCCUGAAGAACUGAAGAGGCCCAAGAGGAAGUCAUUAACACUGAUGGAGGAAGCAUGGGGUUGGCUGGAGAAUCUAGGUAAGGGAAGGAAGCAGCAAUUAACACGAGAUAAGGGGAAAAAUGAAGAGAACGACGGAGGAAACCGACAACUGGAUAACAUGCAAGCCAAGCCAGAUAAACUAAUCCAAGCCUUUAGGGGAAUACAAGGAAAAGAUAAAAAUAGAGCAGAAAACAAUAAAUGGAAGCAUAGAGAAAAGGAUGAUGAAACAGUGCUACAUGAAAGAACAGAGCACAAAAUGCAAAGCAGUAAAGAAAUACGCAUCACUAAAAAGCAGGUUGGGGUUUUGGAAAACAAGGGAGCCUCUGAUGCAACAGAGAACCUGAAAAAAUUAAUCAUCCAACAACAGGCUAGUCUGAGAACACUCAGGAUUAAAAUCGACACCACCGACGAAAAGAUUUUCAAACUUGAAAUGCAGCAAGAAGAAUCAAUAUCUGAUGAGGAAGAACAGCUCGAGUUUUGGCUCAAUGAGCUGAAGGCUGAAGAAGGCUACGAAAAAGUCCUGCAGGUGCAGUUUCAUGAUUUGAAGGAGAAGGUCACAGAGUGCAAAAAUAAAUUAGAAGAGUAUAAAGUCAAGCUGCAGGGGAUGGACCUUGCAAACACGAGACAUUCUCCGUGCCAACAAACAAAGCCUGACGACGAUAUUUCUGUUAGAAUGGAGUUGGAUCGUACUUCAGGAUAUCUGGGAUCAGUUGCUAAAGAGAAAACAUCAACCGACGACCCAGAGGGAGACGGUAAGGAGAAGAUGGUAAUCACUAGAGUGGAAUCAAAACUCCCUUAUAUCUUAGUUACUUCAAAUGAAAUGACAGAAGCCCAGCUAAGUAGCCCUUCAGAACUCAGGGAAUGGUGGAAUCGAUGGACCGAAGCUCAGAAAAGUACCUCAGGGUCUAGACCAAAAGUUGUGCACCGCUCUGAAAUAAUAAUCCACCUCCGAAGCACAAGGGUUUAGAAGACACCAAGCCUUAUGUAACAAGAGUGCUCAGAGAGCACAAUAUCUCCUGAUACAAUAUAUUGUAAACGAAAUUGUAAUAUGCAUAUUACUGUCCAAUCAAGCCUUUUGCCAAGCUUCGUGAAAUUCCUCCAAAAAUUGAGAGAGAAGUUAAUUUCAGAAGGUGCGAACCCUUUCCAGGACGGACAGACUUCACCAUGACAAUCCCCCUUCGGACCUUUUGGCCAGCGGGGAAUAAAAAUCCGCAUCGCUGUAGGACAGCUGACUGUAAAACAUUUAAGUAUGGUACUCAAGAAACUUGCAAUAUGGAAAUCAAACAGGGCUUCAGUUCACAAGAAACUGUUUUCAUAAAACAUUUAUUUCAGUUGUUUCAUUCAAGACCAUUAACAAAAGUAUAGAGGAGAACCAGUGGCUCCGCAGUAACCCACUGCUCUCCAGGGAAAAAAAAGAAAAGAAUUCUUAACAGUUAUGUUUUGAUUUUCAGUAAGGAGCACAGCAAAUAGUCUCUACAUUAAAUCCUGAUCUUAUAGAUUUUGAAUGGAACCUUUUGUAUUGUUUCCUGUUUUUAUCUCACAGGUUAUGCAGACUUUUUUUUUUAAAUUUUUUUUUU